CCUCCGCGCCGCUCCGCGGCUGCAGGGCCGCCAGCUUGUCAGGGACAUCGGCCGCUGCUGGAGGCUGAUCCCCGGGCCUCUGUGUGUUUACAGGAAAUAAGCGGCCUCUAAUGCCAGGAGCACGAUGAAAUUCGGUUGCCUUUCCUUCCGACAGCCCUACGCAGGGUUGCUUCUAAACCAAGUCAAAACAGUAGAGACCCGCUGGCGUCCUUUGCUAGCAGGCUACAAGAACUGCACCAUUGCUAUUCAUAUAGCUGUUAAGGACUGGGAAGAUGAAACAUGGAGAGAAAUUCUUCUGAAUAGGUUCGGCAUGACACCAAAACAGCUGCAAGAUUUGUUGGAUGAAGGGGAAAAAUUUGGCAGAGGAGUUAUUGCAGGAUUAAUUGACGUUGGAGAGACAUCACUAUAUCCAGAAAACCUGCCUCCUGAAGACAUUCUGGAGCUGGAAAACAAAGCUGUCCUCAGUAAUCUAAAACAGAAAUACUUGACUGUUGUUUCAAAUCCCAGAUGGCUCCUGGAACCAAUUCCUGCCAGAGGGAGAACAGGGGUGUGGCAGGUGGACAUCCCAGAAGAGCUGAUCCCUUCAGAAUUGUAACUGUUGCCCCUUACUAUUAUUUUUUC